CCAUUAUUUUGAGAUAUCAAUAAGUUUUUUAUUGUACAAAAAUAUGGCAAUGUAGGCGUAAUUUUAUUUAAAGCCAUAUUUUUAUACUACGACAAAUAUUUCUGACUUUUAUCCCAUCCGCCAGCCAACAUUUAUUUUACAAUCAAUUUAUUAAUUUGUUACUGUAGCUUUUUAUUAUUGCCAUUGCAUGAGAAUCACUUGUACGGACUAUGUCAACUUUUUGGAACAGGAAAAUAUUAAAAUUUAGAGUACGUUUAUAAAACAGUGUUUUCUCUUAAAGAAAACAUUUUUUUUUGGAUUUCCACAUGGCUGAUUUGUUGCUGAAAAACGCCUACUCGAAAAUCUCCCAUUCCCUGAACAUCGUGGCGCACACUAUGAGUGUGAAAAUAAAUAAGGUCCGCCCACAGUCAUGGAAGCCUGCAAUAAGCGAGAAAAUAAUUGAUGAGCAGCAAAAGAGAGCGAUUACAACUCCUGCCAGGUUUGAGAACUCACGUUCCCAACACGAUCUCCGCGAAAGUGAGUACAUUGCGGAUAAUAUGCUCAUGAAGGGAGAUGGAGAUCCAGCAUCGUAUAACACUUUUUUCCAACCAGUAAAAGAGUCUAAGUCUGAAAUCAGUACACCUUCGGUGAGCACCCCAGCAGAAGAAAGUCUGCUGUCCUUUUCCGUCUUAGAGGAGGAAUUCGGGGAAUUGACGAUAGCUGCUACCAGAAGGACUUCGAGUGCUCUUUCUAAUGAUGAUCGAUACACCCCUAGUAUCCUUUCCCUUGGUGGAGAUAUCCCUCCAAGCAGAUCAAGAAGUAGAGGAAGCAGUUUUAUGACAAAGCCUUUAAUGAAUUACUUUCCUGAUAAAACUCCGAGCCCUGUGAAAGAAGAAGUGCAGUUGCCAAUGCCUGAGCAGAAAUUGGAGGAGAGUUGGUCUUCCCUUGAUAUUUUUAAUCAAAAGCACCGUGGCAGGAUUUCUAAACGAGCCGAAGACCCACAGAUCAAAUUUAACGAGUUUGAACACAGCUAUGGAAGGUCGUCAGCUUCCCCUAAGUCGAAUGAAGAUUUCAUUAUUCCCGAAUUGCCGUCUGGACAACACCUCGUCCUAGACAUCACUUCGACUUGGGGGGACCGGCAUUACGUCGGGCUGAACGGCAUCGAGAUCUUUUCUAUAACAGGAGAACUAGUCCAGAUCGCUCGGAUUACAGCAGACCCUGCAGACAUCAACGUCCUUCCUGAAUAUGACAAGGACCCAAGGGUUGUGGAAAAUAUUCUAGACAGGGUCAACAGGACAAGGGAUGAUAUGCAUCUCUGGCUCACUCCUUUUACCGAAGGGAGUCAUCAUUAUGUACGAAUACUGAUGGAACAUGUACAAACUAUCGCAAUGAUUAGAAUUUGGAAUUAUAACAAGUCUAGAAUUCACUCUUACAGAGGAGUAAAAGACAUGGUGAUUACACUCGAUGGAGUCAAGAUAUUUCAAGGAGAAAUUGCGAGAGCAUCUGGUGGAAUUUUAGGUGGCACUGAUGCAUUUGGGGAUACAAUUUUAUUUACAACUGACGAAGAAAUACUUGAAAGAGUAUCAAGGCAUGAUGAUUCAUAUGAAAGUGUGAUGAAUGAGGUGGUCGAGCCGGUCAAACCGACGCAGCCAGAAAGACCGCUGACUGCUGAUAUAGGGGACGUCCGGCCUCUCACGUGUCCCGGUCUUGUGAAACCUGAGUCCAACAGGGUCUGCGUUGGCGCUGUCAUAUGUCUGAAAUCUCUUUCGCUCAAACUCACUAGCACAUGGGGUCUGAAUACGAUCGGUUUGACAGGCGUUAGCGUUUUAGGCGAGACGGGUGAGCCUCUGCCGAUUUUAAGCCUCCUGAUUGAAAAUUCUCCUGAGCAAAAACAUAUCAAAAGACUUAAUGAUGGUGUAAAUGAGACAACGGAUAAGAGGCACAUGUGGAGGAUAGACUUCAAAAAGACUUCACUCACUAUACGUAUAAAUAUAAGUGUACCCGUACAUAUAUCCGCCAUCGUAAUAUGGAAUUAUAAUGAAAAUGAAGAGAUGAGCUAUGCUGGAGUUAAAACGAUGAGCAUUUACAUUGAUGAUAAAAUGGUAUGUGGGGAUGUUCUAGUCAGGAAAGCUCCUGGGCAUUGCCAUUAUAAAAUAGCCCAGAAAAUACCUUUAAUAAAACCUCCUGAAACAAAUUACAAACCUGUUGACAAUCUGAUGAAGUCCCUAUUAAAUUCAAGAGGCCCUAUGAAUUUUGAAGAGUACGAGCCACCAGAAAUGCCAUCAGGAUUUGUCUUUCAAUUCCAAUUGUUGUCGACAUGGGGAGAUUCUUAUUAUAUAGGGCUCAACGGGAUAGAACUUUACGACAUGAAUGGAAUUGCCAUUCCGAUUUCUGAGACAAAUAUCGGCGCUUAUCCUUCGAGUGUAAAUAUUCUCGAUGGGAUAGAGGACGAUGUGAGAACGCCAGACAAGCUCCUUGACGGUAUAAACACUACAACGGAUGGAAGGCAUAUGUGGCUUGCGCCGAUAUUGCCAGGGAUUAUCAAUACAGUCUAUAUAACAUUCGAUACCCCAACAACUGUAUCAAUUAUAAAACUUUGGAAUUAUGGUAAAACCCCGAAUAGAGGAGUUAAAGAGUUUGGGAUCUUAGUGGAUGACUUACUGGUUUACAAUGGUAUUCUUGAAGCAACCAAUGGAAGUGAAAAUGUGCCACACCGGACGGUAAUAUUUUCAAGAGACAAGGAAUUUACCAAGAAAUAUACAAAUGAUAAUUCAAGGAUAAGGAAUUCUAUUGACUCAAGCAGGGUAUCUAUAAUAUCAGCAGAUCAAUCAAAACGACCAUUCACAUCUUUACAAAUCCCAGUUGACUAUUCUAGGAGUAAAAGUGUUUUAGAUUUCUAGGCUUAACUCGAAAGCCAUAGCUAUUCUCCUGUCAAAAUAGAAAAAAACCAACAGUCGGAUAAACAAAUACCCCACUCUCUCUCUAUCCUCCUCUUCCUUUUUAUCCAACGAAGCUACCAAUAAACACACGAGAACAUGAAAUGUUAAUGAAACAUAAGUUGAGUGGCUUCUUUACCAUACUAUUGUAAAAUGUACAAGUUGUUAAUAA